AUGAGCGAAGAGGACUGGCCUUCGCCCAAAUUCCGCGAGCAUGUCAUUCAGAGACUUGAACCCGAGUUGGCGCGGAAUCGUCAGAAUGCGCCGAACCUUCCGGUGCCUGGCGAUGCACGGCAAGUCGAAGAGUACGUGUUCGCAAAGUGUAUGUCAAAAGAUGAAUAUAUGAGGACGAUUGCGAAGGUGAUCAACGCCAUCAAUUGUAAUAGCAAAUCGGCCGCCGUACCUUCCGUCCUCCAACCAUCACAAUUCCAUAGUCCACCAUGUACGACAGCAGUGCUUGGAACAGGUGUGGGUACGCCUGGCUAUCGAGCGCCUGUACCUCCGGACCCUCAACCGACAUCUGCACAAGCUCGGAAUCCACCAGUUACCACUGCUACUACACAAGCAUCUACUACUCCUUCGGCUCCUGCGGUCACUGGAACUGUAUCUGCUUCUGCAGCAGUUGCUGCUGCUGUCGCAUCUUUCCCAUCCCCGGAUUCCGCUGCUCUUCGUGCCGCCCCUGGAGGACAGACUACUCCUGGAUCUCAGCCAUCUUCUGGUGCACCAGGUUCAACGACUCCAAAUGCACCAUUCCCAAACGGAGCUGGUGCACAGCCAGGAGCUCCAACAAUGAAUGGAGGUGCCGGCGGACCACCAAUGGGACAACCACCACCACAGAUGGGCGCUCCAAAUAUGGGAAUGAACGGACCGGGUGGAUACGGUGGAUACGGUAUGAUGAAUGGACCGCCGGGUGCUGGUGGACCAAUGGGAGGCAACCCGUACGGUCAGCCAAUGAAGAAGGAGAUGGAUCAAUCUCGUGGGCCAUGGGAUCCUCAAGGUCAUAUGUACCAACAACAACAACCGUGGGGAGGUAUGCCGCCACAGCAAGGCCACGGAGGUUACCCGAACCGACCGAUGAAUGGACAGCAAACCACACCGACUGGAACGUCAUCAGUCCUCGAGUCGCUUAUCAAUCAGCCACAACAAUAUCCAGGUCAUCACAAUCAAAUGGCGCCACCGGGAGGGGAUAGAAAUGCGGCAGGAGGACGUGCGGGAGUACCAGGCAAUCCAGGAGGAGUUCCAGGUGCACCACAGCGACCUGGAGCGAUGCCGGUGAAUCAGGGAGUGAUGAGUAUCGAGGAUCAGAACGUGUAUCAGAUGAAGUUGAGAAACAUGCGUGGAAGUUGUGAUAGUUUGAGAACGAGAGCAAGGCAAUGUAGGCAAGAAGGAAAUCAUGAAGCUGCUCAUAAAUUGGAAGUGAUGUUGAGUGUUUUGGAAGGAAGACGAGUUGUUAGUCUGGAAUAUUUGAAUCAUCUGGAGACGUGGAUUGCUAGAAAACAAGACUUCUUGAAUAUCAAUCCAAUGGGAGGAGGAAAUCCGGGACAUAUGGGAAUGAAUGAUCCGGUGAUGAAUGGUGAUCAUGGAAUGAUGAGUAAUGGACAGGUACAUAAUCCAUAUGGACAUCCAGGAUACAACCAUGGACAGUAUGGAAUGGGUGGACCACCACCACCACAUCAUAUGCAAAUGCAUCAGCAACAAAUGUGGCAGCAACCACAGCAACAACGAAUGAUGCCUACCGAUCCGAUGAUGAUGGGUGGUGGAGGACCGAUGCAUGGAGGACCGAUGUAUCGAGGGGAUAUGGGACACGAGAUGAACUCUCCAGUCAACAGCCAUCGACACAAUCCAUAUCCAAGUCCAGCAGCGAUGAGAAACAACAUGAGAGGAAUGCAAAACGGACCAGGACCAAUUGGAAGAGACCGGAACUCGAUGAGUGGAAGUAUGUCAGGACCAAGUUCAGGUGCACCAUCGCUGAAUACAAUGGGAACACCGAAAAUGGGAGCACCUGGAUCAAUCGGUGGACUUUCGAAUCUCGACGACUUCACUUAUGAUGACUUCUUGCCAAAUCCAAUCGACGCUCUUCAGCCAACACUCCACAUUGGACCAGGAAGCUCCAUGGGUGGAGGACCAAGAGUGAAUCUGAAUGACGCGGCGAGAAAGGAGCUGCAGGCAAUGGAAGGAAGAUUCGAGAUCGAACCAAACCAUCAGAGACACGAUGCAAACCACAUUAUCGUUUCGGCCAAAAUGAGAAACCAGCCAGUGCCACCUCUUCGAUUGGUCGUCCCUAUCACUUAUCCAUCUGGAAAUGUGACGGUGGAUCGAACAGCGAUCGAUUUGGAUGCCUAUCUCUAUGAUGAUCUACAAAACGUUGUGCACGAACGAUUAUCCAGGCCUGGACUCUCUUCGUUAACGGACUAUCUGAACGCUUGGGAAGAACAAGUAAAUCAAUACAUGCAACAAAAUCAGACAAACGGCGGUAUGGACGCGGCGUUUGGCGUCGGCAACGAUUUCUUCUACGACAAUCUUAAUUUGUGA